AUGGCCAGGAGAGAGACGACAGUGCAGAUAGUCGCGGGCUCCUACGAAAGAGUCCUCCAUGGCAUCAACGCCACGAUAUCCCUCGAUGAAGAGAAUUCCAAGGAGCGGCCUGAAAAUGUAGGAGAAGGCGAAGAUCAAGUCAAGUUCACGGAUACAUUUUUGUUCCAGGCCCACACGUCGGCAGUUCGCUGUCUGGCGCUCUCACCAAUGCCCAGCGCAGAAAACAAGCAACAACAGAAUGUCCUGCUGGCUACUGGAGGCACAGACGACCGCAUCAACCUGUACAGUUUAUCGGUCUCGCCAAUGUCUGCAGAUACUGGCCUUGUGCCUCUGCCAUCGCUGGCAGGCAACAAAGUGCUGGAGAACCCCCGGAAUCGCGAACUGGGAGCUCUCAUGCACCACUCGGCCAGCAUUACGGCCAUGCAUUUCCCUACUCGGUCGAAGCUUUUAUCUGCGUCAGAGGACAAUACCAUAGCAGUCACAAGGACCAGAGACUGGACAGUCGUCUCGUCGAUUAAGGCACCGCACCCCAAGACUCAGGGAAGACCGAGCGGGGACACCGCUCCCGUUGGUGGUGCGCCGGCCGGUAUCAACGACUUUGCCGUGCAUCCUAGCAUGAAGCUGAUGCUUACCGUGGGCAAGGGGGAGAAGAGCAUGAGGCUAUGGAACCUGGUUACCGGCCGGAAAGCUGGUGUGUUGAAUUUUGGGCGGGAGGUGUUGACUGCCGCGAAGGAAGGGAAGUGGGGGACCGGCGAGGGGAGGAAGAUCCGCUGGGAUUCGGCCGGAGAAGAAUUCGCUGUUGCUUUUGAACGAGGUAUCGUUGUCUUCGGGGUGGACUCGGUUCCAAAGUGUAGAGUGGCCACCUCGCCAUUCACAAAGGUACACCACAUCAGCUAUCUUGACAUUGAAACUGAUGACGAGAAGAAGCAGCUUUUGGUAGCCUCUACUGAAGACGGCAGACUCGUCUUUUACUCUACAGAGUCAGACUCGUUAGAGGAGCCUGUUGAGGGAGGUGACACCACCAUUCCGACGGCGCCGUUCCUCUUCCAGCUCGGUGGCAAGGCUCAUGGCCAGUCCAGCAGGAUAAAAGAAUUUGAAAUCCUCCCGCUCCAGGAGAACUCAAAGACUAUACAGUUCAUCGUCAUCACCUCUGGCAGUGAUGGUGCAUUAAGAAUAUGGACCAUCAAACCAGAAGAAAUCCAGAAGACCAAGCAAGCCAAGCGAGGCAAACCGUCUAAGCCCGGUCAGCCUGUGCAGGUAGGUAGAUUACUAGGUGCCUACGAAACCGGUAACCGAAUAACCUGCAUGAAGGCCUUUAUCAUGCGAGAGCCUAUAGGAGAAGAAGAGCCCAGCGAGGGUAGCUCUGAAGAAGGUGAUGAUGACGAAGAUGAAGACAAUGAAGAUUCUGAUAGCACAUGA